UGUCGUCUUUCAGCUCCUCCUGACACAAACGUUGUUGCAUUUGAAAAAAAAAAUUGUCAGUGAAAAUGCUGAAUACUCGACAGUAAUUAGAUACAUUGAUAACACAGUGGUCUGGCAUUUUAAUGUUGCUAGAACGGACAUGAACAUGGGAUUAAUGUCGGUGUUAUUGACACUCGGAUUUAUUUCCAUUUUUCUUUAUCCUGUACGUGGAGAUUUGAGCUACACUGUUCCGGAGGAAACGAAACGUCAAUAUGUGAUUGGAAAUAUAGCAACGGAUCUCGGAAUUGAUGGGAAACGUUUAUCAGCUCGAAAAGCUCGGGUGGAGACAGAGGACAGCGCGAAACGGUACUGCGACAUUAAUCUGAGUAGUGGAAAUCUGGUCGUGGCGGAAACAAUAGACCGAGAGGAGCUUUGCGGCUCGAGAAUUUCAUGCUUCCUUAAUUACGAGCUUGUGUUUGAAAAUCCUCUUGAAGUGCAUCGUAUUUCACUGCAGGUUGAGGAUGUAAACGAUAACUCUCCCGUUUUCCCUAAUGAGCGUAUCAGCUUUGAAAUUAGAGAGUCGGCUGUUAAAGGCGAGCGUUUCCCGUUAGAGGAAGCUCAUGAUUUGGACACUGGACUUAAUGCAGUUCAAGGAUAUUCACUUGAAAUAAAUGAUCAUUUUAUUUUAUCUGUGCACGAGAACGCGGACGGAGGAAAAUCCGCUACAUUGGUUCUGGAGAAAGAGCUCGAUCGUGAAAAGCAGAAAGACAUGAAUUUAAUUCUUACCGCAUUUGAUGGCGGUAAUCCACCGAAAUCAGGGACAGCAGAAAUACACGUUACUGUUCUGGAUGCUAAUGACAAUAUUCCUGUAUUUAGUCAACCUGUGUACAGAGUGAGUCUAGCUGAAAACACGCCUUUAGGCACGGAGGUGAUUACAGUCAGCGCGACUGAUGCAGAUGAAGGAGCCAAUGGUGACGUCACCUAUGAGCUCAGUCGUUUAUCUGAUAAAUCAGGAAAAUUAUUUUCUCUUGAUAAAACUACUGGACAGAUCACGGUGAGUGGAAACAUCGAUUAUGAGGAUGAAAAAUAUUUUGAAAUGAGAGUUCAGGCCAAAGACGGUCCUGGGCUAGUAUCAUCUGCUAAAAUUAUCAUAGACAUCACUGACGUCAAUGACAAUGAACCUCGAAUUAUUCUUAAAUCCUUUAACGACCCGAUACCUGAGAACACUGUAGCAAAGCAGUGAGGUGGCCAUUAUUAAUGUACAAGAUAAAGAUUCAGGUGAUAAUCGGCAGGUCCGUUGUUAUAUUCAGCAAAAUGUUCCAUUCAAAUUAAACCCGUCCAUCAAAAACUACUUUUCUUUAGUAACU